AUGGCGCGCCAUGUCGCCAAAACCACGCUGAGCAGACGGUUCGCAACGCACCCAGGUUCGUCAGUGCUUUUCGGCGUAGAUUACGCUCGCCAGAUUCGCAACCUGGAGGUCGCGAAAGGCGGUUCAGCUCGACCGCUCACGUUGACCGAAAAACUACUCUACUCACACCUGAUCACAUCGGAAAAGAGCACCUGGGAUGUGGAGCGCAUUGAAAGGGGAAAGACUAUCCUGGAACUGCGGCCUGACCGUGUAGCCUGCCACGAUGCUACGGCGACAAUGGCUCUGUUGCAAUUCAUUAGCGCGGGGCUUCCGCGAGUCGCAGUUCCCACGACAGUACACAGCGACCAUUUGAUCAUCUCGGAGAAGGGCGCUGAGGAAGAUAUGCGACGCGCUCUGGGAGAGCAUUCGGAAGUUUACGAUUUCCUCAGUAGUGCGUCGCGCAAAUACGGUAUUGGAUUCUGGAAGCCAGGCUCGGGCAUUAUACAUACGGUGAUAUUCGAGAAUUAUGCUACACCUGGAGGCCUCAUUAUUGGGACAGACUCUCAUACCCCCAAUGCUGGAGGAAUGGGCAUGCUAGGUAUUGGGGUUGGCGGCGCAGAUGCUGUGGAUGCGAUGUCAGGAAUGCCAUGGGAGUUGGUGGCUCCCAAGGUUGUUGGAGUGCGCUUGACAGGGAAAAUGUCGGGGUGGACGUCAACAAAAGAUAUCAUCUGCAAGAUUGCAGGCCUAUUGACAGUAUCGGGUGGAAAAGGUCGAGUGAUCGAGUUCUUUGGUCCAGGGACCCAGACACUGGGAGCAACGGCCAUGGCGACCAUUUGUAACAUGUCAGCAGAGAUUGGGUCGACCUCAUGCAUCUUCCCAUACAAUGAUGCAAUGGGCCGGUAUCUGAAGGCCACUAAACGAGCACACGUUAUUGAACAGGCGCAGCAAGCAAAGGAUGUCCUCCUAACGGCCGAUGAGGGCUCCGACAGCUACUACGACCAGGUUAUCGAGAUCGAUCUCAGCUCGCUAGAACCCCACGUCAAUGGCCCAUAUACACCCGACCUUGCGCAUCCGAUAUCCAAGUUGAAGACAGCUUUCAAUGGGGAACAAUGGCCGGUGGAGCUGAGCCAUGCAAUGGUAGGCAGCUGCACGAAUAGUUCGUACGAGGACCUUGACAAGACACGGCAGAUUGUAUCGCAGGCGCGCGCGGCAGGAUUCACAAAAUUCCCAACGCCUUUCAUGGUCACGCCUGGCAGCGAACAGAUUCGGGCUACAGCGGAGGCAGAUGGAAUUCUCGAUGAACUUAGGGACGCCGGGGCCGUCGUUCUCAGCAGUUCAUGUGGUCCCUGCGUUGGAUCCUGGGAUCGCAAAGAUGUCGAUGUGCGUGGAAAGGAAAAGAACUCUGUCGUAUCCAGCUUCAAUCGCAAUUUUGUCGGACGCCAUGAUAGUAACCCUGCGACGCACUCGUUUGUGACCUCACCCGAGUUGACGACCGCGUUCGCCUAUGCAGGACGACUGGAUUUUAAUCCCCUAACAGACAGCGUCAAUGUACCCGGGGACGCGCACAAAGAGCUGCACUUCUUGCCCCCUGUCAGUCAUGAGCUCCCUUCGAGUUUCGAAACUGGCAACGAUACGUUCCAGGAGCCCUCCUCAGAUGGUUCAAACUUGACCGUGGACAUAAGCCCGCAAUCUGACCGACUACAACUGCUUCAGCCAUUCCACGCCUGGAAGCCUGGAAGCGCUGAUGGCAUGGAGUUACUCAUUAAAGUGAAGGGGAAGUGCACGACGGACCACAUCUCCCCUGCUGGGCCGUGGUAUAAGUACCGAGGUCAUCUCGAGAACAUCAGUAAUAACAUGUUCACAACCGCUGUGAACGCGUUCCUUGGAGGAGACAAUCCGAAUGAGCUCGGCCAUACCCGCCAUCCCAUAACCUCGGAACUGCAGGUCGUUCCCCAAGUAGCACGGGAUUUGAAGCGCCAGGGCGUGCGAUGGUGCAUAGUAGGUGACCACAACUACGGCGAAGGCAGCUCGCGUGAACACGCAGCCCUUGAACCUCGUUACCUCGGAGGAGUCGCAGUCAUUGCACGGUCAUUUGCGCGAAUCCACGAGACCAACCUUAAGAAGCAGGGCAUGCUGCCGCUGACUUUUGCGGACAUUGCAACAUACGAUCGUAUUGCUGAUGGUGACCGGAUAACUUUGGUCGGAGUAGAAGAGGGCGAGCUGAGCCCUGGAUCGCGAGUAACGAUGCGGGUUGAAACCAAGCAGGGCGAGACCUGGGAAGCAGAACUGACACACAGCUACCACAGCGGGCAGAUUCCAUGGCUGCGGGCUGGCAGCGCCCUCAACCAUAUCAAAGCUACGGCUCUAGCGCAAUAG